AUGAGCAAAGCUGCGAACGAACCGGUUCCUCGUCACAACCUCCUCCUCCACCUGCUCCUGCUCCACGUCUCAGCGGGGAGUCUGUCCGCGCAGCGCGGGCAUCCAGCGCGACACUUCGGCCAAAUAUCAGAGAACUCCCCGGCCGGGACGCCGGUGGACGGGAUAAUCUUACCGCUCGGAACCGGCAGCUGCACCGGAGCGGACCUCAAUGCCAGCCUGAAGGGGGAUUACGCGUCGGAUUUUCAGCUGGUUCGCCACCGGGGCCACCGGGGCCACCGGGGCCACCUGGCUCUGGUGUCUGCCAAAGCGCUGGACCGGGAGUUUAUAGCGAUGUACGAGCUGAGGGUGCAGCUGCCGCCGCGGUGCCUGAGGAGACCGGCGGCUGUCCAGGUGGAGGUGUCGGACAGGAACGACAACGUUCCCCGGUUCACCAACGGGAACUUGACCGUUGAAGUGGACGAGCUGACGCCGCUCGGUACCGAGCUGGCCCGGUUCGACGCAAAGGACGGCGACGCAGAGCAGAAUGGUCUCGUGACCUUUUACGCGUCACCGGACUCUCACCUGCUCCACGUGGUUCCCCUGACCGGGCAGGUGAGGCUGGUCGGGUCCCUGCAGGGGGUCCGCCAGGUGACGCUCCGCCUUUACGUGAAGGACGGCGGGGAUGUGGAACUGGUCGGUGACCCGGUGCUCCUGCAGGUUAACGUCCACCGGCACCGACCCAGCAGGCGGAGGCCCCGGGCUCUCUCCGAGGAGCUGACCUACACGGUGACCGUUCCGGACCACGUCAGAGUCGGGGACCUGGUGUUCACGGUGCCGGACCAGAGGUUCCAGCAGCGGUGGUUCGAGGUGAUGUCAGAGGCGGACUCCCCGGUCCAGAUCGAGCGGGACUCGGGGCGUCUGUACCUGGCGAGCAACCUGCGGGAGCCCGCCGAGGUGACGGUGAAGAUCCAGAACCGCAGAGGUGAUGACUGGUACCUGUGCAGACUGACCCUGAGCAUGCCCAGUCAGGCCAACCUGCAGUGGGCCAUGUUUCCCUCGCCUUACCUGGGCACCGUGGGUCCGGACGCCGCGCCCGGCUCUGCAGUGUACCGAGUGUUGGCACGGCAACGAGACGGGACGCAGGGACAGGCCCAGUUCCUCCUGCUGGACGGUGGGGACGAGUGCUUCGAGGUGGACCGUCGUUCCGGUGAGAUCCGGACCACAGGACGACCUCUGACCCCCAGUAAGGAGUAUCUGCUGCGGGUGCAGGCCGUGGACGAGCACGGACGUAAAGGCACGUCGGCCACGGUGGCCAUCCUGGCCGGUUACCGGGCGCCGCAGUUCACCAACGCCACCUACAGUCUGAACGUAGCAGAAAACACACCUGUCGGACAAUCCGUCGCUGUGGUUCAGGCCGUUUCCUUCCAGAAGAAGAGUCUGUCCUACAUGUUGCUGGUGAAUCCGGGGAAUCUGUUCAGCGUCAACCAGGAGAGCGGAGCGCUCAGCCUCACCCGGGCCGUCGACUACGAGAGCGGACACAACGUCCACACGCUGCAGGUCCGAGCCUCCGAACCCGACACCGGCCUCAGCGGCGUGGCAGAGGUUGUCCUUCAUGUGACGGAUGAGAACGACUGCACACCUGAGUUCCUCCACUCCAUCUACACCAGAGACAACAUACCUGAGAGCAUCGCACCCGGGAGCUCCCUGCUGCAAGUUCUGGCCCGGGACUGUGACUCGGGCGUAAACUCGGAAAUCUCCUACUUCGUCCAUGGCGGCGAUUUUGACAUCACAUCAGGGGGUGUGGUCAGCCCCGCCCAUCUCCUGGACUACGAGCGACCCAAUCACAUCUAUGAGUUUGUGGUGGUGGCUGUGGAUGCGGGCACGCCCCCACGCACCGGCACCGCCUCCGUCCGCAUCCGAGUCUCCAACAGCAACGACGAGGCGCCCGUCUUCUCCCAGAGCGUUUAUAAGACCUUCCUCAGUGAGGACGCUGGUCCCGACACGCUGGUCGCCAUCGUCCACGCCAAUGACCCAGAUGGAGAUGCCGUCUCCUACGCCAUCACCGGUGGCAACGAGGACAGCAACUUCCUGCUGGACAACCAGAAAGGCAUCAUCAAGCUGCGGCGAAGUCCCCCCCCCAGGCUGCGAGGACCUCAGUACGUCCUCAACAUCACCGCCACGGACGACAACGCGUCCGGCGGCCCGUACCCACUCAGCAGCUCCACUCAGGUCAUCGUGGGAAUCAACGACAUCAACAACAACAAGCCGGUCUUCCAGGAGUGUCAGAACUACAGCCUGAACGCUGCCGUGCUGGAGAACCAGCCACCGGGGACGUUGGUGCUGCGCGUCCAGGCCCACGACGCCGACAUGGGGGUCAACGGAGAGGUCAAAUACGGCAUCAUGCACAGAGACGGCGUGUCGUCAGGUUUUGACAUUGAUCCCGACACAGGCGUUAUCACCACGGCGAUGAGUUUCGACAGAGAGCGCCAGAGGGAGUUCACGCUGUCGGUGACGGCCACAGAUCAGGCCGAGGAGCCGCUGAUCGGGAUCUGUCAGAUCACGGUGCUCGUCUCCGACCAGAACGACAACGACCCCAAGUUCGAAAACAGCCGUUACCAGUACUUCCUGCGAGAGGACUCUCCAGUUGGAACCAGUUUCCUGCGAGCAGCGGCACACGAUGACGACCAGGGCAGCAACGCGGCCAUCGCCUACUCACUGUCCAAUCAGAAGCCAGCGUACCUGCACAUCAACCCCAGCACUGGGUGGAUUUACGUCAAUCACCCCAUCUCACAGACGUCCAGGAUCAGCCAGCAGAUCGUGGCGUCGGACGGAGGGAACCGCAGCAGCUCCGUGGAGCUGACCGUCAUCAUCACCAACGUGCACAACCAGCCGCCCCACUGGGAGCAGCCCGAGUACUGGGUCACCGUCCCAGAAAACACCGUCCGAGACGCCAAGAUAGUGACCGUCAAGGCGACGUCCCCGCUCGGCGACCCCCGGGUGACCUACAACCUGGAGGAGGGUCAGGUGCCAGAGACCAACAUGCCGGUGCGUUUCUACAUCAAACCGAACCGCGCGGACGGCUCGGCGUCUAUCCUGGUGGCCGAGAACCUCGACUUCGAGACGACUCGCUUCUUCACGCUCAGAGUGCGAGUGCAGAACGUCGCCGCCGUGCCGCUCGCCUCCUUCACCACCGUCUACAUCAACGUGACAGAUGUGAACGACAACGUUCCUUUCUUCCUGUCGUCCACCUACGAGGCCACGGUUCCUGAGGGAGCGGAGAUCGGCACGUCGGUGGCUCAGGUGUCGGCCACAGACCUGGACUCGGGUCUGCAUGGGAUGAUCCACUACGCGAUCCUGAGGGACGAGAGCGGAGACUCCCAGUUCUUCAGCAUCGACACGCGCAGCGGCGCCAUCGUCACCCGGGCCUCGUUCGACCGCGAGCAGAAAGCCUCGUACCUGAUCGAGGUGCAGUCACAGGACGGCUCCGAGUCGUCCCGACCAGGCCAACAGGGACAACCCAACACCGACACGACGUACGUCAGGAUCUUCAUCACCGACGUCAACGACAACGCCCCGGCGUUCGCCCAGCCGGUGUACGAGGUGAGCGUGGAAGAGGACAAGGAGGUCGGCUUCGUCCUCAUCACCGUUACCGCCAACGACGAAGACGAGGGUGCCAACGCCAAGCUGCGUUACCAGAUCACCGCAGGAAACGCCAUGGGCACCUUCGACGUGGAGCCCGAGGUGGGCACCAUCUACGUGGCUCAGCCGCUGGACUACGAGAUGGAGCAGCGCUACGAGCUGCGGCUGGUGGCCUCCGACGGGAAGUGGGAGAACGAGACGCUGGUGGUGGUGCAGGUGGUCAACCACAACGACGAGGCGCCCGUCUUCAGCCAGACCGAGUACCAGGCCGUUGUGACUGAGGAGCUCACCCAGCUGCCAGUUUUCAUCCUGGAGGUGUCAGCCACAGAUCCAGACCAAGAGGCCGACCAAACUGCCGUUCGCUACUCUCUCCACGGCCAGGGCGCCGGCGGUGAAUUCACCAUCGAUGAACGCACUGGAAGAAUAUACGCCCAACGGCGACUGGACCGUGAGGAGCGUCCAGCCUGGAGAUUCCUGGUCCUCGCCACAGAUGAGGGAGGGGCGGGACUCACAGGAUUUGCCGAUGUGCUGUUAGAAGUCCAAGAUGUCAACGACAAUGCUCCCUUCUUCCCGUGUCCAGCACUGGAAGUAGAUGGUUGUUUUGUUGGCCAAGUGCCUGAAAACUCCCCCGCAGACACCUCUGUCAUGGAGAUGCGUGCCAUGGACCUGGACGACUCCAAUGAGGGCAAGAACGCCGUGCUGACCUACAGCAUCAUCAAGAACGUCCGCAAUGAGAUCAACCUCAACCUGUUCUCCAUCAAUGGCACCACGGGGACCAUCUACACCGUUCUACGUUCCCUGAACCGGGAGGCGGAGGACCGGUACCUGGUGGUGGUGGAGGCCAGGGAUGGAGGGGGACUAGUGGGGACGGGGACAGCCACCAUCAUGGUUUCAGAUGUCAACGAUCACCCGCCCGUCUUCACUCAGAGGAUCUACACCACUCAGGUGACAGAAGACCUGGAGGUGAACAGCGAGGUUUUCGUGGUUUCUGCCACAGAUGGAGAUGAGGGCGAGAACGCUGUGGUAACCUUCAGCAUCGUUGCAGGUGACGAGGACAGGAAGUUCUUCGUGGAAACUGACAAACUUAACAGACGUGGGGUGAUAAAGCUGAAGAAGACGGUGGACUUUGAAAAGCCCCACGAGAGAACUUUCAAUCUGACCCUGAAGGCUGAGGAUGCGGAUUUCUUCAGUCUGGCCUACUGUCUCGUUCAGGUGGAAGACUCCAAUGACCACGCCCCUGUCUUCCUCCCACAAUUCUAUGAGUCGCCGGCCAUGUCCGAAGACGUUCCCGUGGGGACCAUUGUUACUCAGGUGACAGCUUCGGAUCUCGACUCAAGCCAAAAUGGACGUUUCUCUUACAGUAUCUCCAGAGAGUCUGACCCUUACGGUCAGUUCCUGGUGGACCAGUCUGGUUGGGUGGUAGUGGCUGAUUCGCUGGACAGGGAGAAAAUCUCACAGCACAGGAUCAUGGUCCUCGCUACAGAUGCUGGGACUCCGCCCCUGACCGGAACCGCCAUAGUGAUGGUGACGGUACUUGAUGUUAACGACAAUGGGCCGGAGCUCGAGGUCCCCUACGAGCCCGUUGUCUGGGAGAACACGGCGGCACCUCAGGCCGUACGGAUGAACAAAACCUCCCUCCUCCUCCACGCCACCGAUCGAGACACCUCCACCAAUGGCGGACCGUUCUCCAUACGACUCCUCAUGCUCACCUCAGAUGCCACCAACUUCAAUUUGACAGAUUUUCGGAACGGCAGUGCCGCCAUCACAGCCCUGCGAACGUUUGACCGUGAGCGGCAAAAAGAGUACCGCCUCCCGAUUCUCAUGAUUGACAGCGGCUCUCCUCCAAUGAGCUCCACCAGCACACUGACGGUUGUGAUUGGAGACAGAAAUGACCAUCCCCACUCGCCAGGACACACCCACUUCAUCGUGUACAGUUUUGAGGGUAUCCUCCCGACGACGGCGCUCGGACAGGUUCAGUCCCCCGACCUUGAUGACUGGAGUGAGAAGGUGUACCGCUUCGAGGGCAAACCCACCAGGUUGUUCAGUCUGAACCACAGCUCGGGGCAGCUCAGUGUCAGGGAGGGGACGCCUCCGGGGUCGUACCGCCUGCAGGUGCGCGUGUCCGAUCACACCUGGCCCGACGUGACCUCCACGGCUCGGGUGGACGUAGUCGAGCUGCAGCAGGACGCCCUGCAGAACGCCGCCUCCAUACGCCUGUCCAACCUGACCGUGGAGCAGUUUUUCAGCAGCAGUGGAGGUGAGGAGAGUCGUUUCUCCCUUCUGGGCCGAGCGUUGGCUGAACUCCUGCAGACUUUGCCGGAAAAGGUCCAGAUCUUCUCAGUUGGCGACGGGGGGAGACGGGGGGAGAAGGAGCUGGACGUCUGGUUUGCUGCUCAUGGCUCGCCGUACUACAAGGCGGAGAAACUGCACGGCUACGUGGCGGCGAACAAAUUCAAGCUGGAGGCCACGUUGGGCGUGUCCAUCUCUCAGGUGGGCGUUGACGACUGUCCCCACGCCGCCUGUCAGUCGGGCUGCAGCAGCGAGGUUUCCUUCGGCCAGACCCCGGUGGCUCUCAGCUCCGGGAACACGACCCUGGUGUCGCUGGCGGCCUCGACCACGGCUCAGUGCGGCUGCCGGGGCCGAGAGGCCGUCCAGCUGCCCUGCUCCUCUUACCCCACCAGCCCCUGCUUCAACGGGGGCACCUGCCAGGACGGACCCGUGGGACACAGAUGUCAGUGUCCUCCCAUGUACGACGGCCCCGAGUGCCAGCAAACCAAGCACAGCUUCGGUGGCCAGGGCUACGCCUGGUUCCCCCCCAUCAUGCCCUGCUUCCAGAGCCACAUCUCCCUGGAGUUCCUGGCCGAGUCGGCCAAUGGGCUGCUCCUCUACAACGGGCCGGUGGGCCCCGCCAACUCUGAGGAGCAGGAGGACUUCAUCGCCAUCGAGCUGAGGAACGGGGUUCCAGCUCUGAGUAUCAACCACGGGUCCGGAACGCUGACACUGCAGCUGCCUCCCAAAUCCACCGCCACCGACCGCCGCUGGCAUCGCCUCGACGUCAUCAGCGAUGGGAAGGCCGUCCAGCUGAUUCUGGACCAGUGUGGGGGGGCUGCAGUGAACGAGGUGGAGGGUGUGGGGGCACUCAGGAGGUGGACGAGUCAGGCUGCAGAGCUGCAGGAGAAACACCCGGGAACCAGAGGUGAGUUCAAACCUGGAGACACCAGAGACCAGCGUGUCACUGUGCACCUAUCUGAAUGUGUUCCAGCCUCUUCAGUUGGGGGGAAGGAGACAUCUCCUCACAGACGUUACCACAGUUUCACCGGCUGCAUCCGCAACCUGGUGGUGGACAGUCAGGUGUACGACCUGGCGUCUCCAGGUGAGAGUGUGGACAGCGCCCCCGGGUGCAGGCUGACAGACGGGGUGUGUGUGACGGCAGAUAAUCCGUCGUGUGGCGUUCACGCCUCCUGCCUCGCCGACUGGGGCUCCUUCAGCUGCGAGUGCCACCCGGGGUACACCGGACACAAGUGUGACAAAGUCGUCCCUGAGUUUUCCUUCGACUCAGGCAGCAUCGUGCGUUACCAGCUCAGAGGAGGCGGCAGCUCGCGUCGCACCAACGUCCAGCUGCUCCUCCGGACCAGAGCCGCCUCGGGCACCCUGCUCUCCGUGACAUCCCGGGAAGCCAGCGAGUACCUCGUCCUGGAGGUCACAGAGGGUCACCUCGCUGUUCGCGCCAACCUCGGCGACGGCGCCAGCGCCCUGCGGCUCCUCAGUCAGCGGGUAGACAUCGGGCAGUGGGUCCUGGUCAGCCUCAGUCGCCAUGACAACGUGUUCACCCUGCGGCUGGAGCAGGGCGGAGGGUCGCGGGAGGUCCAGGCGCGGCUGGGGAGCCGCAGGGAGAUUGUGGUCCACCCCGGCAGUGUGAUGGUCGGAAACGGCCCGAACGCCGGAGACAAGGCGGCAGACUUUCACGGCUGCCUGCGGGACGUGCGUUUGAACGGUCAGGUCCUCCCUCUGGACGGGCAGAGCCGGGACCUUGUGACGGUGCUGGAGAGGCGGGGCGUCACCUCAGGGUGCGCCAGCGACGCCUGCAGCAGCCAGCCCUGCCGCAGCCCGCUGCGCUGCAUCGACCUGUGGAGGAAACACCAGUGCAGGUGUCCUGGCGGUCAGGUGACCGUGACCGAUGAGUCGGGUCAGCAGCGUUGCAAGCCGUCACCAUGCGGACUUUAUUCCUGCCGAAACGGCGGCACGUGCCAGGCACUGUCAGCCGACAGCUACCGGUGCCGGUGUCAGGAGGGGUUCAGAGGUCAGCGCUGCGAGCUGGGGCAGGUCAAAGGUCACCGGCUGGCCGCCCUCAGUCCCAGCUCCAUCCUCGCCAUCAGCAUGUGUCUCCUCGUCUUCUUUGCGGUGCUGGUGGCGGUGACGGUGUGGAACCAGAAAGGCAGCCGCAACAAGUUCAGGAAGCGCGGAGUUUACCACAUCCCUGCUGAACACGAGAGCUGGGAGGACAUCCGAGAAAACAUCCUCAACUACAAUGAGGAGGGGGGGGGCGAGCAGGACCAGAACGGAUAUGACAUCACGGAGUUGAAGCGUCCCCUGUGCUCCAGCCUGUCUCAGUCUUCGUCCUGCACCACCGCCCCGCUCAUCAAAUCCUCCCCCGGCUCCCAGGAGGAGGUUCACCCGUCCGGCUCCUCCUGCAGCUCGGGCGCCCCGUACCUCAGCAUCCCACAUCACCACCAUCAUCAGCACGCCGCCGCCAGCUACAGCGGCGACGCAGCCUACGCCAACUACACCGCUCUCGCUGGCAGGGAAGUGGAGACGAGCGACGCGGGAAGUUGCGCUGACACCGGCCACCAGGGGUCCCGCUCCCACGUGGACUUUAAGAGCUACGUGGCUCGGAUCAUCUGGGAGGCCGACAAUGACAGUGAGGCGCUCCCGCCAGACGCCUACCACGUCUGGUUCGUGGAGGGCUCGGGGUCGUCGGUGGGAAGCCUCAGCUCGCUGGGGUCGGCCGCAUCCCGUGGAAACGUCAACGCCAGUCAGGGCGACGCAGAGGAAGAGGAAGAUGAAGACGAAGGAGGGUUUGUUUACGACAGGCUGUCGCGAUGGGGCCCGAAGUUCCAGGCUCUGAGCAACAUGUACGACCGGCCCCAGCUGAGCCUCACGUACAAGGACGCGAUCACCUACAUACAGAGGAGCCACAGUCACGACCAUCUGCCUCACCACCACUAGGGGGCACUACACAACCCCACCCACCUACAUGCACACUUAACAGACUGGAGGGGGCACUGUGCUGCCUUCACGUCAAAUCAGAAAAUGCAUAAGGUUAAUAAAUCAUUUAUGAGUGAAUAUAAACAAUGUUCAAAAGAAUAUUUUUGCAAUAAAAAGUAAAUCACGUGAGUCGUUCGCUCUGAAUUGAACGUGUCGCAGGUAGAGUUGUGUUGCCCCCCCCCCACAGGUGUGGCAGAGCUCACCUGACUGAGUCAGAAAGGUGUCAAUCAAACCUCCUGGGGACACGCCCACACAGGGCACAGAGGGCCUCGAAAUCUGAUUGGCUGCAACAAGCACCACCUGAGCAAACCCUCAGUGCUGAUUGGCUGUUGGCUCUGACAGACAGGAGGCUCAGCAGGAAGUCAGUGAUCAUGUGACGAGCAAACGGAGAAACUCUGACGUGAGUAAAAUCUGAAACAUCUGAGUUCCCUCGGUUUUUCGACAACAUAAUUUGAUCCAUAAUUUUCUCAGUGAAUCGACGACAGAACGUUUCAUUUUGUCCUGAAUAUAAAAUGUGAGACAAAGGAAAACGAUGAUUAACACGAACCUUGUUUCUGGCUGAAACUCAAACAAACUCAAAAUGACGAUUUUGACGUUUAUGUUCCAGCAGCUUGUUCUCAGCGGCUGUUUCAGUAAAUCUCGAUGUGACGUGAACGCAGCAGGUAAACGAUGUCGCUGUCGGACGUUCAUCACGUGACCCGGGUCAUUCUGAGUGGAGUCGUGGUUUAACGUUUAAAGCACAUAGAGAGAUGUUCGUGUCUCAGCUUUACACAGAAAAAUGUUAUACAACUAUUUAUUUUUCCUUUUUUUGGUUUGUUUUGUUUCUCUUUUUCCUCUGUUCGUGAAACACGACCACGUGAAGUCGCGGUUCUGCUUUAAGGUCGUUUUAAUCUUUUUAUUUCUGUAUUUUUGACCCGACAACACAAACAAAACGUCUCUGAAGGACAAACAGAUGUUUUCUUGAGAAACUGUUUCCACAGAUGAAGUCGACCUCAGACAAACUCGGAGCCGUUCAUUCCUCUUCCUACUUCCUGUUGCAGGAGGAUUCAGAGUCGAUUCCUCAGUGAAACCAGAUGAAUCAAAAAACACGUUUUAACUUUCUCAGCGUUUCCAAACUUUAAUAGUUUGUUUUCAGAUGACAGAUUAUUUUUUUACUCCCUUGUAGAAACGUGCAGUCGGGAUUUGCUCCGUGUGGAUGUUCUGCGUCACGUCACGUUUCGGUGUUUGGUUUGUUUUCCCGUCGGCUCAGAGGAAGAAGCUCUGAAACGUUCUCUGAACAUUUACAGAUCCAGAAGCUGAGUCAUGAACCCGUCGACGCUCAGAGUCCACGUCACGUUUCAAAUGUUUCUUAUUCAUGAUGAAACUAUUAAAGAAGCACAAAACAAAACCUUGAAUCAUCGUGAAUUAUGUUUAAAUGGUGUUGAAGCGACGCUGCAGUUUGUCGUCUGGUGACAGAAAAACAAAACACGUCUCUCAGGUCACUUUUCACGUCACGAUGUCAAAGUAACGUAAAGGAAAAAAAAUGAGUUGCACUAUUUUUUUAAACUAACUUUAUCAGUUUCAACAAAACAUCCAACCAUCAGUGACUCACAGGAAGAAACAACUUUGAAAUAAUAAAAUAACUUUAGUUAUUUGUAAAUUUAAAUUGAAUGAAGAACUUGACUUAAGAAAAGAUCCAUAGGUCACUGAUUUAAAUGUAAUCUGAAACCUCACCACUAGGUGUCACUAAACACUGUGCCCGUUCAAUAGUUUGUUUGUUUCUCAGCUUCUGUAAAAAACUGUUUGUUCAGUUUGUGUGAAAACGUUUUUUCGAGCUUUUCCUCGAUGAGGACGUGAUAUUUUUUAUUUGACUUUCUUAAGAACGAAUAAGUGAAACAGUUUGUUUUUUUCGUCAGAGCAUUUGUUUGGUCGUGUCCUGAGACUUUGACCAGCGUCGUGUCUGAAGGUCGUUUCCCAGCCUACCUCUCGUCUUCGUACGUUGUCACAACUCGGCCCGAUGAAUGUAGUUUUAUAAGAAACUCCUGGGUUUUCAGGAGACGGUCGGAGAGUCCGAGCAGACGAACGACAAUCGGAGAUGUAAAGUGAAUUUAAUCUCACAGGAGACGUGCGUCAAUCAAUCCUGGAUAAAUGUUUUUAUCCUAAAGUCAGAAUCUUUGCUGCUGAGAUUUUAGUUUUUUUUCUCAACUCUUGGUCCCGUUCGUUAAAAGAAAAUGGAACGAAAACCUAAAGAAUCGUUUCAACACAGUUUAUUAUUAAUGAGCUGACGUGAAGCUCCAGAUGUUUUCACCUGUUCCACAUCUGCUCAUGUUUGUUGUGAAUCCAGUGUUUUUGAAAGCGUUGGAAUGUGUGUUGAGUGUAAGUGAGAGCGCUGCUGAUCUGUACCAUGUGAUGUACAUAUGAACGUUUUCUAGAAACCCCACAGAAAAUAUUCCUUUUGUAUUCGACUUUUAAUAAAAAGACUUUUCCCCCAAA